AUGAACUUCCUCCCCCUGGCCGCCUACGUGAAAGAGUCCGGCGUCAUCAAAGCCCCCGUCGAGGACGUCUGGGCUGUCGUCUCCAAAAUCCACCAGUGGGAGCCCAUCCACUCGGGUCUGAAAAAGACAGAAAAGAUCUACGACGACAAGGGCGAGGAGACGCAGUUUGUCAGGUGGGAUUUCAAGGACGAGCAUGAAAUCAUUUGCCGAGUCGAGGCGUUGGACCACCUCGACUACAUGAUCAAGUUCAGCACAAACUGGUCAAAGCUGCCGCUCGAAUACGUCGGCGUCGUCACCACCAUCCGCCUCUUUCCCAUCACCUACGGAUUUUGCAAGGGCUACACCCUCUUAGUCAUGGACGGCGAAUACACGAGCGACGUCAAUCCUGGCAAGAUUUAA